GUAAAGAAGAUACAAAUCAGCAACAAGGAAGUGAAGAGACACCCACACAGAGAUCUACUAUAGUCUACUAUAGACUAAAGUAGAUAAAUGUUUCGCUUGUGGCACGGCACUAAAACUCAGGUGAAACUGUUGGUUUGUAGAAACACGUCUACAAUGUCCACUCAGUCCGGCACGGAGCACGUUAACAGGUCGAUUCACUCGGACACCGUCGAGGAAGUCCACAACGUCCCGAUGGACGUCAUCAUCAGACCGAUUCCUCCGGUACUGGAUGAGCUAAAAGUUCAGAGUCUGAUGAACUCAAUAAAGGAGACAGCAGACAUCAGUGUUAUUCCUCCCAUUGAUGUGCUCUGGAUCAAAGGCAGAGAGGGGGGAAAUUACUACUAUUCUUUUGGAGGCUGUCACAGGUUUGCUGCGUAUCAGAGGUUGAACAUGCCGACCAUCCCAGCCAAGCUCAUCAAAUCAAACAUCUCAGACCUUAGCACUUACUUGGGGGCGUCGACGCCUGAUCUGCGGUGAUGCUGGACAGCCUGGGAGAGACUUCCCUCAGGUUACUCUCAUACUCUCACACAGAGUUUUCACUGCUGGGGACUGCAGAGAAAAGGAUGUACCAGCAGGGGGAAAUGUAACUCUUUAGUUAAAUACAUGAUAUUUUUCUUUUGAAACCACAUAUAUGUAAUUUAAAGGAUGUGUGUGUUUGUAAAUGUGUGUUUUUGUAAGUUAUACAUUUUUACCAAGAUAUUCUCUGUUCAAACUCCAGUUGUGCUUUCACAUAAAAAGUAAUUUAAAUGAUGGUUGUCUUACUUGUACAUUAGAAAAUGUGAUGGGGAUAUAGCUGAGCAACACUACACCGCAAUAAUGGAUGUCACUAAUAACAUUAACAAAGUUUCUGUUAUAUUCAACUGUCCCAGUAAGCCAUGUCAGGGAGCCAGCUUGCACAAUAUAUUGUUGCGUUCAGGCCAUGUCUGCUGAAUUGGAAGAACAGGAAAAGUGCCAUUGUUCCGACUUUAGAUGUAACCACGUCUUUUGUAGUGUUUGUUGAAACUUUGUAGAUCUUUUCACUAAGUGGGAGAUAUCCUUGCUAUCAGGAUUUCCUGAUUAAAAACAGUGCUGAGUUGCUGACGUGAGGAGUUUUUCCAACUCGGCUGCUCAUGAUUACAAUCCUGAUUGACAUGAUGUGAACGCAGCAUUGUCCGACAUCUCUCUCCAUUUUAUUUUAAUAGGUCUGAAUUCUGAGUGUGUAAAUGCAUGCACCAUAUAAUGACCAAAAACAGUGUACAUGGAAAUGGCGCUUAUAGACCAGAUGGUUUCUAGGAGCCAGUCGUUAUGAGAACAUCAGGCUGACAACGUCUCGUGUCAAAUUGCAAGAUGUUGUUAAGUCUGCCCCUUUUCCCAGUCAUCAGGCUUUCUUACUCAUCAUCUCUGUAAAAGAUCUCUGUUGUAACCUUCCAGACUGUGUUUUGCCAAAGAAAGAGGAGGAAUGAGGAAAAACAAUCCAGGUCAUUUCAUAUUAAAGCCAAAGCUCUUUCUCA